GCGCACUGCUCUGCGUCGUCGCUGUGAUGGCGAUCGCCAACUCGGCUCUCGCAGGCACCUGGGAUUCAUCCGCCUGCAAGUACACCACCACUGCUGGCACAUCCUUCACCGUCUCAAAGUUCCACCGCUCGUCGCCUUGGUCGAUUCCCGGCGUUUCGUCGACUGGCGGCCCUGACGGCUACAACUACCUCUACAACUUCUGCCCUGGCCUCGGCAAAGCCGUUGGCUCCUGCGCUGCCACCGAUCUCGUCUGCCAGCAGUCUACUGGUGGCUCCACUUAUGUUAUCGGCACCAACUUCAUGAGCACAACCGAUGGCACCAACUCCAACACUGUCGAGUUCAAGUCCACUGACGCUUCUCCCCGAUGCACUCGUGUUAUUUUCAACUGCGACCCCAAUACCAAGGGCGAGCCUGUGACCGCUGCCACCGAGCAAAAGCCUGCUGAUCUUGGCUGCCUUGCUACCUACACGAUGGCGUUCACCCACGCUUGCUUCUGCCCCGGUUCGACCUGCAACUACAACCCCGGCGGUGGUGGUGGUGACUCUGGAUCGUCUGGCCUCAGCGGUGGUUCAAUCCUGCUCAUCAUCUUCUUCCCGACUGUUUUCGCUUACCUUGUCGGCGGCAUGAUCUUCAAGCGCACCCGCAGCGGCGCUUCCGGUGUUGAGAUGGUCCCCAACAUUGAUUUCUGGCGUGAGGUUCCUGGCCUCAUCAAGGCAAGUGAUGGUUUCAAGUUCACCUUCCGUUGUGGCAGCGGCGGUUACUCCAAGAUCUAA